AAUAGUUUGAUAGAGUCUUUAGGAUACUCACAGCCAUAACACGUUAUUCGUUGAUCUUGUUAACAAACACACAAGCUAUGUCUCGCGUUGGACUUGAAAUUGUAUUUUUGUUAUUGUGUUUUUGUCAGAUUAGUAAGGCAGAAAUAGAACUUAGUCCGAAAAUAGUUUUUGACUUGUUGUCUUCACGAAUAGAUCAUGUUCUCUAUGAAACAAAGAAUCUAAAAUCCGAGCUUGCAGAAACUAAGACAGUUGUCGAAGGAAUAGAAAAGAAGAUCGAAAAAAUCGGUGCUGAUGUUUCAUUGAUAGGAAACAAAGUGGACAAAUUUGAAGGGGAACAAUCUCUUUCAAAUGAAAACGUCAAAACUAUUUCGGACGCUUCCAAGGCGAUGAUUAAAAGUGAUGUCAAGAGCCAAUCAUUAAUUUUGCGGAAAAUGCUUAUUAAUGAGAAAACACAUAUGCGAAAUACUGUAAAAAAGUUUGAAAACAAAAUGAAAGCGUUUGAGUCAGAUAUUAAAAACCAGUUGACAUUGAUAAAUGUAUCGGUUGAAAGUGCAAUUGACAAUUUUAACGAUUCUAUAACCGACCAAAAGAUAACUACAACCGAUUCACUAAUGUCUUUUGAAAACAAAAUGAAAGCGUUUGAGUCAGAUAUUAAAAACCAGUUGACACUGAUUAAUGUAUCGGUUGAAAGUGCAAUUGACAAUUUUAACGAUUCUAUAACCGACCAAAAGAUAACUACAACCAAUUCACUAAUGUCUUUUGAAAACAAAAUGACAACAAGUGUUAAUGAAACAGGUAUAAUUAUUCAAGAGAUGAACGCAGAUUUCGAACGUAAGCUCAGUGAUUCGGAGGCAAAAGUGAGUCAGCGUAUAUCAACCAUCGACGCGAACCUUCAGAGUACAAAAAGGGAGUUCAGCGGCCGGCUUAAUAGUACAGACAGUCAACUCCGUUCCAUAUCAUCAAAGCAAGAAAGAGAAAAAGACACGUUUUCUGGUCAGAUCAGCGCUUUAAGCAAAAGAAUUGCUGUAGAAGAAGUCAGAAAAGUCGCAUUCUCAGCCAAAGUAUUGAACAAGAAGGGUUUCCGCUAUGGAAAGUCCGAACGGAUAGUGUUUGAUGAAGUUUUAUAUAAUCAUGGUGGAGGAUACAGCUCCUCAACGGGAAUCUUUACAGCACCAAUAUCCGGCACAUACAUCUUUAUAUUUAUCGUGCAACCACGAAAUGGUAAAAAAGCCCACGUUGUACUGAGACUGAACGGAAAAUUACUUACAAGUGCAAUGACUGUAAGCAGUGAUAAAGAAGUUUCUGCAGGAAAUGUAGGAAUUGCUUAUGUUGUGGCAGGCGAUCAGUUGUGGAUUGAAACGUCUCACUUUGAAGACUAUUAUUAUAUUUAUCCUCACAGAACUACUUUCAAUGGCAUAUUAAUUGAUUGACACUGUGAAUUUUUGUUGUGUGUCAGGUAAUAGUAAUAUGUGGUAUACUGGGACUUAGAGACAAUACAUGUGCUUGUGCAAAGAAGUAAGAAUCCAAUACCAAUGUAUUUCUGUUUCGGUUCAAUGUAACUGAAUAUUAUAUUCCCAAGCAAUAUGCAGUUAUGGCUUUGUGUUACAUGAUAAUCAACCCAUAUACUUUAUUCAAUGCAGCAUUGCUUUCAUAUUAAAUAAGAAAUUAGAAAUGAGAUUAAUUAUGUGCUACAAUGUAUGGACUUAAAGCUCCAUGCCUUCAGAUUAGCUAAAAUAUUGGAAGAAAAUAAAACUUGAGUAAAAAGUACUGACAUUUUAGGAAAGUAAAAAUAUUCAAGAUAAAAGCAAUAAUGCUUAUGUUAUGAGUGAUUUUUGACCGAUUUCGCAGUAUUUUUUACCCAUAUUUCUACUGCGUUACUUAUGCAGUAAGGGCUAUUUUUGCAUAUUUUGACCUCUUUUUGGUAAUUUACAUUGGUUGUUUAUGCUGUUUGCAAUGUAAAAAAUAUUUUCUUUGUUCACUUCACAAUAUUUUACUUUUUAAUACAGUUUCAAAAUUUUCAUGAAAAUAAACAUGAAUCUGGAGGCGUGCUGCUUUAAGUACUUUUAUUCUUUAAACAUGUUAUAUGGAAUAAAUUUCUUCUUCUUUCUUAUCAAGAGAUUCACCCAAAUUCCAAGUCAGUGCUUAUGUCUUUGUUAUUGUCAAUGUCAAGUAAAAGCUAAAGAAAAAAUAUUCAAUAUGUUGCCAAACAAUUCUUAUGCACUUUAUAUGUGAUUAAAAUUAUAUCUUAAAAAUUCACAAGUACAUGUAUUGUGAAAUCGUUUCUUAUACAAUUAACAAAAAUUCUUAAAUCGGAAUAGCAAUGAGCCCACUAAUUUAAUAUUUCUUCUAUCCUCAAAACUAUUUCCCAAAGGUUGACAAAAAAACAGUAACCACACCUACUGAUCACUCGAGAACAUCUAAAACAAAAAGUUGAAAAUCUCAAACUUAGUUUGAUUGGGUCUGUCUUCCUCAUCUUUUAACAUUAGCAUUAUAUAAAGCAUAACAUGACUACAGAACUUUUCCCGAGAUAGUUGCAAAUUCCAUGAUAUCAAAGAACUGACUAAAUUAAACGGAGUCAGCAAUUUUUCAAUUAAUUAUUUGUAAUUUUAGUGCGGAGCUCCGGAUAUCAUAUUUUUCGGUUUACUCUCACAUAAAUACAAAAUGGUUGUUAAGGUACUUUGACAAACACAAAUGAUGUAUUUAUUACAUAUAUUAUUGCACUCAUACAAAUACCAAAUAAUAAAAAGGGCACGUCUUUUGCGGAAUGUGGGUUCAUAAAGAGACGUCAUGUAUACAUGUUCAUUUGGAUGGAAUUAUAGUUUUGUAGUAUGAUCAGAACGACAAAUUAGGGAACGAAUUACGGAAUUCCUAAAUCUAUGUCAUAAAUACGUAUUUGUGACAGGACGACAAGACGUUUUGCGCUUUUCGAUAGCGACAAGACGAAAAGGUGAUAACGAUUUAGGCUGUGUUGUCGCUAUCGACAACGCAACGCGCAAAUUGUUCCAAAUCAGCCACCAUAGUUUACAUUCGUUGAAUGUUUUAAAUAACAUUACCAUAAAUAUGUACACAGUCAUGUAUAUAGUUACCGAAAAAACACAUAAUGGGGUACUUGAGGUCAGUUAAGCAGGAAAGUCGUCAUAUGACUAAUACUGUGUUAGUGUGGCGCAAAACCCAACACUGAUAACAUAUCUUUUAUUUCGAUUUCAUGUAAGAUAAGUAAUGAAGAAAUUGAAAUGAAAGAUAUUUAGUUUAAAUAUUUAUUUUUCAAUUUGUACAUAUAUGUGUAUGUUCCUUUGUAAAAUCAGAUUAACUUUUUUCACAUGAAUGCAUUUAUGAUUUCUUUGGUGUUUGAAAAGGUAAUGUACUGUUUGUUGUAUAUAUACACGUAUAUAUGUAUAUAUUUAAUAUGUAUAGCAUUAUCGGCUUAUCAUCCUACUGCAAUUUUAAAUAAGCUUGUCUUUUUGUG